AUUGUACAUUUGGGAUGCGUAAUAAGCUAAGUGGUAGAACUAAGUAUGCCUCCUACUCGUAGUCUGCAACCAGUGCGGGGCAGCCGUGCGUGACUUCUUGGAGGAGUAAUAAUACCUGGGGUGAAUGGGAUCAAACGAGGGAUCGACAAGGUUCGGUUCUUCUGGAAGGUUAAUGAAUUAAGUUGUUCCCGGGCCGAGAUGGAGGAUCGCCGUUGAGCGAAGGGGUGUUGGGAUUGCAGGGCUGUGGGACGAGGUGUUGGGAAUUGGAGGAAUGCCGGAACAUGCCGUGAGCUGUGAUGUUGGAUCCACCGCGAAAGACACAGGAAAGAGUUGAGCUUGCGGAUGACUCUGGAGGGAUGUGUUUGAACGGGAAUACAGCUCUGCGUAGAGCCAAAGGGAUGGUUUCAGGCUUCCCAACGGGUGCGGCCUCUUCUUCGUGUGGAGUACAAUCUCCCUUCGUCUCUUCUGAAUCCGGACUGAAGCAGAGCCAGGGCAAAGCAAACGGUGAAGAACAGGACGAGAAAAAAAAUGCCGAGUUCGACGGGUGCAGCUCCGGAAGGAUCACAUCACCCGUUUCUUUUUCCCCCUUCUGUCUGUUCUUUUCCUUGUUAAUUAUGGCAAACCUACGAAUAGCCGCGUGGCUUUCUUGGGCGUCAAGGGACAGGCACGCCCGUCAGCAGGUACUCGGUACGGGGCAGAAUUGGUGGCAUUCCAAUCUUCUGGCAGUCGGUGGCUGCAAAAUUGCUACUGAGGCAGAGAGGAUAGCGGAGAGGAUAGCCUCUUCUCGUUGACGGUUAU